GACAAGCCUCUGCUAAACUCCGCCGCUGUCCUCGCCACCGCCUGUCUAGUCUGCCCUCUCCCGCCGCUGGAUCGAUUGCUCAUCGACCCUACGACUGCCUUCUUACCCUCCACGCCACCCGCUGCCUUCUUUUGGUAUGUGAGAGAAAGCUUCGAAGAUUUCAGCGGUCAAUCGUGAUCGGAAGAAGACUUGUUCCAAAGUGACGGGAUCGAGCGUAGAAGAUCAGAGUGAUAAGGAGUUCUUAUGGCUGGUUUAGAGGAGCUGAAAAAGAAGUUGGAGCCCUUAUUUGAUUUGGAAAAUGACCCAUCAUUUGGAAUGUCUAUGGAUCCUUGUGAUUCAUAUAUGGUUUCAGAUGGUGGAACUGUUAACUUAUUGAGCAGAUCUUAUGGAGUGUACAAUAUUAAUGAGCUUGGAUUGCAAAAACAUCCAGCUGUGAUAGGAGAUGAAGCUGAAAUUGGUGAAAAGACAUACUGUUGUGCUUCACAUGAAAUGCAUGUUUUUGGAACCAUAGGUUGCGGAGCAAGCAGUGUGGUCCAAAGAGCUGUUAAAAUACCAAUUCAUCGGAUUAUGGCGUUGAAGAAGAUAAAUGUAUUUGAAAAGGAAAAAAGACAACAGCUUCUUAACGAGAUAAGAACCCUAUGUGAGGCAUCAUGUUAUCCUGGCUUAGUUGAAUUUCAUGGUGCAUUCUAUACCCCCGAAUCUGGACAAAUCAGCAUUGCCCUGGAGUAUGUGGAUGGGGGUUCACUUGCAGAUAUACUGAGGCUUCAGAAACUUAUACCGGAGGCUGUCCUUUCAUGUAUGGUUCAGAAACUGUUGCAUGGUCUAAGCUACUUGCAUGGAGUAAGACGUCUGGUGCAUAGAGAUCUAAAGCCAGCCAAUUUGCUUAUAAAUCUCAAAGGAGAGACAAAGAUUACUGACUUUGGUGUCAGUGCUGGUUUAGAUAAUUCAGUGGCUAUGUGUGCCACAUUUGUUGGCACAGUCACAUAUAUGUCACCUGAGAGAAUUCGAAAUGAGAGCUAUUCCUAUGCUGCUGACAUUUGGAGUCUUGGAUUAACCAUACUAGAAUGUGGUACUGGAAAGUUUCCAUACAUGGCAAAUGAGGGGCCUGCAAACCUAAUGUUGCAGAUCUUGUAUGAUACAUCACCAACGCCUCCAAAAGAUUCAUUUUCGCUCGAGUUCUGCUCAUUUAUUGAUGCCUGUCUUCAGAAGGAGUCUGAUGCAAGGCCUACAGCUGAACAGCUUUUAUCCCAUCCAUUUAUCAAGAAGUAUGAGAAUUCUGGUGUGGAUUUAAGAGAAUAUGUUAGAAGUGUUUUUGAUCCAACUCAGAAGUUGAAAGAAAUAGCAGAUAUGCUUGCUAUUCACUAUUACAUGCUUUUUGACGGAUCUGAUGAGCUUUGGCAUCACAUGAAAACAUUCUAUACUGAACGCUCAACCUUCAGCUUCUCAGGAAAGACAUACACUGGGCAGAAUGAUAUAUUUUCAACUCUAUCAGAUAUACGGAGAAAAUUGGCAGGUUGUCGGCCUCAAGAGAAAAUUGUUCAUGUUGUGCAAAAACUUCAAUGCCGUCCCCAUGAGCAUGAUGGAGUUGCAAUUCGUGCAUCUGGAUCAUUUAUUCUAGGCAGCCACUUUCUCAUAUGUGGAAAUGGUGUUCAAGCAGAGGGAAUGCCCAACAUUGAAGAACUAUCACUUGAUGUCGACAGUAAGCGUGUGGGAACCUUCUACGAGCAGUUUAUUAUGGAGUCGGGGAAUUCCAUUGGUAGUUUCUUGAUAAGCAAGCAAGAACUGUACAUAUUGCAGGCGUAGGCACAUUUCGAAAGGCUGAUCUUUCAAGAAGAUUCAGUUCCAUAGGUUGCAUGUUCUGCUUGACGUUGUGAAGUAUUCAAGAAUGAGAGAAUUGAUCAGCUUCUUGGCUGUUGGUGGAGCUGCUCAUUCACGGGUGGAAGAAUUGAACAUGACACGUACAGAACCUGAGUUACUUGUAGUGGCAUCUUCUGUAUUGUUUGAUGUAUCAAUUUUGGGGUAUCUGAAGAAUCUGAUGUUGUGUUCCAAAAGGCUUCUUCAGCAAUCAAAGUAUCGUCAAUCUUUAAAUAAACAGAAUUUCUAAUGGUAUGUAUUCUCGUCUGAGCUGUUUGUUUC